AUGGCCUGGGCCCCAGAGAAAAGGGAAGAGCCUAAUCCAAGAGAUUUCAGAGCCGGUCGGGACGACAGAGGUGGCAGGGGCGGAAGCGGCAGGGGCAGGAGCUGCUACGUGGAGGUCUUCGGCCCCCGAGAACCACUUCUGUGCUUUAAAUUAAAUAACAACAUGAUUGGUGUGGUGAUUGGUCAUGGUGGAUCCAAGAUAAAAGACAUCCAGAGUACGACCAGCACCAAAAUACAGAUCAUGAAAGGCGAUUCUGAAGCAGAGGUGAAAAUUUUUGGUGCCAAGGAUAUGAAAGCAAAGGCCAAGGUAGCUAUAGAAACUCUCGUUAAAAAACAAAAACGAAGCUACACUUCAGAAUCCAGUGUUGAUAAUGCUGGCCCUCAGCCCUUUGUAGGACGAGAUUUUCAUACAGAUACCACUGGUAGACAAGUUCAGCCACUGAUAGAGUGGGAUCAGGUCAGGGCAGAAGUCGUAGAGUGGGAAAAAAGAAAAUGGGCAGAUUUACCACCAAUUCAGAAAAAUUUUUAUGUAGAAUCCAAAGCAACAAGGUCAAUGUCUCGAGUUCAGGUAGAUAUGUGGAGAAAGGAAAAUUUUGACGUAAUGUGUGAUGACUUGAAAGAUGGUGAAAAGCGUCCCAUCCCCAAUCCCAUCUGUAAAUUUGAGGAUGCUUUCCAACCCUAUCCUGAACUUAUGAAAAACAUUAGAAGAGCUGGUUUUCAAAACCCAACGCCGAUUCAGUCACAGGCAUGGCCAAUUAUUCUACAAGCAAUCGAUCUUAUAGGAGUUGCCCAAACGGGAACAGGCAAAACUUUGUCCUAUUUAAUGCCUGGGUUUAUUCAUCUCAAUAAUCAACCAGUAUCGAGAGAGGAAAGGAAUGGACCUGGCAUGCUGGUCCUUGCACCCACUAGAGAAUUACCUCUUCGGGUGGAAGCUGAAUGUUCUAAGUAUUCAUACAAAGGUCUUAAAAGUGUUUGCAUAUAUGGUGGUGGGAAUAGAGAUCGACAAAUACGAGACAUUACCAAAGGAGUAGACAUCAUUAUUGCAACUCCUGGACGACUGAAUGAUCUGCAAAUGAAUAAGUUUGUCACCCUACAAAGCGUAACCUACUUAGUCCUAGAUGAAGCAGAUAAAAUGCUAGAUCUGGGGUUUGAACACCAGAUAAUGAAGAUUUUAUUAGAUGUGCGCCCAGACCGCCAGACCAUUAUGACAAGUGCAACCUGGCCAGAUACCAUUCGUCAACUUGCUCAAUCUUAUUUGAAAGAGCCUAUGAUUGUUUAUGUUGGCACUCUGGAUCUAGUUGCUGUAAAUACAGUGAAGCAAAUUGUAAUUGUUACCACAGAAGAAGAAAAACGAUCUCUUAUCCAAGAAUUCCUAGAGAGCCUGUCACCCCAAGACAAAGUCCUCAUCUUCGUCAGCAGAAAACUUGUCGCUGAUGACUUAUCCAGUGAUUUAGGCAUACAAGGUAUCCCUGUACAAUCACUGCAUGGUGACAGAGAACAACAUGAUCGUGAACAAGCACUAGAGGACUUUAAAAUCGGACAAGUGAAAAUAUUGAUUGCUACCGAUUUAGCAUCCAGAGGUCUUGAUGUUAAUGAUGUCACCCAUGUGUAUAAUUAUGACUUCCCCCACAAUAUCGAAGAAUACGUACACAGAGUGGGGCGUACUGGAAGAGCAGGGAAGACUGGCAUAUCAAUUACCCUCAUGACUCAAAAUGAUUGGAAGAUUGCCACUGAAUUGAUUAAAAUUCUGCAACGAGCAAAUCAAAGUGUCCCCAAAGAUCUUAUAACAAUGGCCGAACAAUACAAGUUACAUAAGCAAAAAAAGGACGCAGGAAGAAAAUCAAAAUCUCGUGAAAAACCCAAGGAGUCUUGUUGA